GAUGACUAUUAUUUUUAUGCUGCUCACAGUUUCUUGGACUACAGCGUCUAAAAGCAUGUCUGUAGAAGAAUUCAAGACUCUCCUAAUUCCAAACUAUGUUAACCAUAUGUCAGAAGAGGAAUUUGUUGACUACAUCAACAAAAAUCAGCCGUUCUAUAAGGGCAGAAGUCCCAAAAAUGUCUCGCGAACAGUUCAAAUCGCGUCUGAUGGACCUCAAAUACUUGAAGAAGGUUGAUGGUCUUCCACUCAAAAAGGUUAAGAAGCAGUUGGCUAAUGAUCUUCCAGAAAGUUUCGAUGCACGAGAAAUAUGGCCAAAAUGCAAAUCCAUAAAGCUCAUCCGAGAUCAGGCCAACUGCGGGUCUUGCUGAGCUGUAUCUGCUGCCUCAUGUCUGACAGAAUAUGCAUACAAACGUAUAACAAUGAAACAAUCAUGCAGACACUGGUAUCUGACACCGACAUUCUUGCUUGCUGUGGUGAACGUUGCGGUCAUGGAUGUAAUGGAGGAUACAUGACCGAGGCUUGGGGCUACGUGGUAAACAACGGAACUUGUUCUGGAGGUCCAUACUUAGCGAAGGAUUGUUGUAAACCAUACGCUUUCCACCCAUGCGGCCAGCACAAAGGCCAGCCCUACUACGGCGAAUGCGAAAAGCCCAAUGAAAAUACUCCAACUUGUCGUAAGCGAUGUCAAUUUCACUAUAAGAAAGCAUACGAGGAAGACAAAAUCAAAGUGUUGCACGCAUACUAUGUUUAUGGUCUUGUCAAUGAAAUAGCAAUGCAAGAGGAGUUAAUGGCAUUUGGUCCAUUUCAAGCCGCUUUUAUAGUUUAUGACGAUUUUCGAUAUUACAAGAGUGGAGUGUACGUGCAUAAAUAUGGAAAGGAAGCCGGCGGACAUGCCGUCAAAAUAAUCGGAUGGGGAGUAGAAAACGAAGUAAAGUACUGGCUUGUUUCAAACUCGUGGAAUUCAGACUGGGGAGACAAUGGCUACUUCAAAAUACUCCGUGGUGAGAACGAAUGCGGCAUCGAAGGACCUGGCAUGGCAGGCAAGAUGUGGAUCGGCAGGUAGAUCAGAAGUUCGCCUGUUCAUGUAACCCGAAUUUGAUGCAAGGGCUUCGAAUAGAACUAUCGAUAAAAGCAGUGACUUUAUAAUGUUCUUUUCUUUAAAAAACACUGUUGUUCAACCAUUAAAUAUCACACUCGCAACGCGAAGCACAGCUUCUUGAACGCUUUUGCUUUUAAUAGGUGAAAAUAGUUGCAGUACCGCAAACUUUGAUAAUUUCAAACUGAGUAAACUUACAAUUACU